GUCGGGGAGCUGAUUGGCUGAUGGUAGCCGCGUCCGUGGCCAGGGUUUUCCGGAAUUUGAAUUGAACUCUGGAGAAGGGAGGAUGGACCCCCGGAAUCAGCGAGUGCGCGAGCUGCAGGGACUUCUGCUCCCACCCAAGGACCUCGUGGAGGAGAGCGACGACUGUCUGAAGGAGGACGUGGAGGAGGACGAAGACCCGGUGUUUGUCGAUGCCGAGGAGCUCUGCAGCGGAGGCAUAAAGGCGGGCGGCCUCCCUGGGCGGCUCUGGGUUAUGAUUUCUGAUGAAAACACUCAAGAGAAAUGUAAAGUGUUUGGACGUUUUCCCUUAACGGGUCCAUGGUGGCGAGUGAAGGUAGAAGUCAAACCUAUGGGAUCAAGGAACUAUCAAGUUCAAGGAUUUCCAUCUUACUUUUUACAGUCUGAUAUGUCACCACCAAGUCAAGAAAAUAUCUGUUCACUUUUUCUUAAAGACUGUGAUGUCUCCAGUGAUAUUAUCACUAAGUUUUUAGCAUGGGUAAAUAAAGUAUCAAGCUAUAAAAAUCUUAGCUUUGAAAAUCUUAGGGAAACAUUAAACACUUUCUACAAGGAAAUGAGGAGAAAUGGUAAAAAACAAUCUACACAGACUGAACAGGAAGAUUACAAGAUACGCCUUCCUAUGGAAGACAAAGUUCCAUUUAUAAGUGUAAUGACAGCGUUGCAGUUUCCAAAAAUAAUGGAAUUUCUUCCAGUUCUUCUGCCUCGACACUUCAAACGGCUAAUAAGCUCAGAUUCUAAAAAGGUGUUUGAAAAGAUAGAAGAGAUUUUAGGUACGCAUCCAUGGAAACUUGGAUUUAGUAAAAUAACCUACAGAGAACUGAAGCUUUUGCGAUGUGAGGCAAGCUGGACAGCGUUCUGUCAGUGCACGUCUCUCCUCCCCUUGAUGACUGAUUUGGAGAAGAACGCAUUAAUAAUAUACGCUAAACUGAAGCAGAUAUGUAGAGAGCAUGGGCACACGUACGUAGAAGAAGCUGACUUGACUUCUCAAUUGUCAGGCCAUAUGUCCUUUCAGGAUGUUUGGCAGUCGCUGAAGUUUUUGAAGGAUAUCGAGGUAGUGACAUAUAAGCGGUCCUGUGUCUUUCUUUAUGACCUUUACCAGGCUGAAAGAGACAUUGCCUGUUCAAUAGGUAACCUGAUGACGAGGCCUCCAUGGUAUUUACAUGUCGAUGUCAAAAAGGUGCUUGCGACUCUUCGUACCAGAAAACCUGAGAACUCAAGAAGUGAUGACACAGUGAAUGAAAGUAAACCUGAGGAAACAGGAUUGGAAGUGUCUGUGGACAUUCUGAACACACAGGAUUGCGGCGACCAUAUUUGGGACACUGGUGAAAAUGAAGAUGAUGCAGAAAUAAAUGAAGCUCAGCUGGAUUGGGAUCAGGUGGCUGCUUUGGAAAUGAUUUGCUCCAAUGCUGUGACGGUCAUAAGUGGGAAAGGCGGCUGUGGGAAGACCACAAUUGUUAGUCACCUUUUUAAGCAUUUACAGCUGCUGGAAGAAAGAGAAGUCAAAAAAGCUACUGAGGACUUUGAACAAGACCAGGAUGUACCAGAAGAGUGGUUUACCUUCAUCGAGCAAAGUCGGCCGAAGGCUGACAAGGCGAUAGAAGUUUUACUGACAGCACCUACAGGGAAAGCAGCUGGUUUACUUAGACAGAAAACUGGUUUUAGCGCUUAUACGUUAUGUCAGGUCAAUUAUAGCUUCUAUUUAUGGGAUAAAAACGUGGACAAGGACAUUCCAUGGAAGUUUUCUUCAGUUAGAGUUCUGGUUGUGGAUGAAGGGAGUUUGGUAUCUGUAGGAAUCUUCAGAUCCGUUUUAAAUUUAUUACUUGGGCACUCCAAACUUUCUAAGCUUAUUAUCCUUGGUGAUAUUAGACAGUUACCCAGCAUUGAACCUGGUAACUUGCUGAAAGAUCUUUUUGAGACCCUUAAGUCAAGAAAUUGUGCUAUCGAACUAAAGACAAAUCAUAGAGCAGAAUCUGAACUAAUUGUGAACAAUGCUACAAGAAUCUCAAAACGCCAAUUUCCAAACUUUGAUGCAGAGCUGAAUAUCUCUGAUAAUCCAACGUUCCCUGUCUCAGUACAAGAUAAGACAUUUAUUUUUGUCAGACUCCCAGAAGAGGAUCCCAGUUCUCAGUUAUCGAAAACUGACCCUCGCUCUUAUUUAUAUUCUGCCGUUAAAACUUUACUCAAAGAAAAGGACCUACAAUGUGCAGAAACAUCACAAUUUAUUGCAUUUCGAAGGCAAGACUGUGACGUCAUCAAUGACUGCUGUUGCAGUCACUACACAGGCCACCUAAGCAGGGACCAUAAGAAUAGAUUUGUGUUUGGAGUUGGUGAUAAAAUUUGUUGUACCAAGAAUGCAUAUCUCUCAGAUCUACUGCCUGAAAAUACCUUCAACAAUCAGCAAAAUAAUGAACUAGAGGCCAAUGGUGAAGACUUGAAUGGUUUUGCUAAAAAUAAGCAUGACUUUGUAAGUGGUAUCAGACUCUGCAAUGGAGAGAUAUUUUUCAUAACACAUGAUAAAACUGAUGUAACUGUUGGAAAGAGAAGAUAUUUGACCAUUAAUAAUAUGGCUGGCUUGGAAGUAACUGUGGAUUUUAGGAAACUAAUGCAAAAUUGUCACAUAAGACAUGCCUGGGCAAGAACUAUUCACACAUUUCAGGGGUCUGAGGAGCAGACAGUUGUCUACGUGGUUGGGAAGGCGGGCCGCCAGCACUGGCAGCAUGUUUACACCGCGGUGACCAGGGGCCGCUGCAGAGUGUAUGUCAUUGCAGAAGAAUCUCAGCUCCGGAGCUCAAUUUCGAAAAACAGUGUGCCCAGAAACACACGUUUAAAACAUUUCUUGCAAAACGAGCUCUCCACCAGCUCUGCCUCUCCUGCAGAUUUUGCAACCCCGUCAAAGAAUUCUGGAGACCUCGGAGGCCCCAGCACACAGCUGUCAGCAUCACCACUCCCUACGGGCACAGAUGACACUGUGACAAACAACGUCCCCAGAAGCCAGGCCUCUGUGGUAGAUGACAAGACAGCCGCCUUUGCUGGGGGUUGGAGAUUACCUCCACCUGAUGAAGCGCAUACAGAUGAAGAUCCAUCCAAGCCUCGAGGGUCCAAGAGAGCCAGUGGCAUGCGUGAUGCUGAAAGUCCAAACAAAAUUCCUAUGGUGGAAGAAUCAUCUCCACAAGUGUCUUCCAAACUUCAGCACUUGAGACUAAAUAGUUUAACCCCCAGACAACUUUUCAAACCCACACCUGAUCAAGAAACCUGAUUUUAUUUCAGAUUGCUCAGACAACUGUCUUAUUUUUUUCCCAUUCAACACAAAAUGAACAUCCUGGCUUCAAAGUAUCAAGAUAAAAGAGGACGUCUAUAACUGGAGCUUUAUUUUAAGGUGUUAGCAGAUGUUUUAAAUUCACUCGAUCAAAGAAAAGCUUAAUGAUUUCAAUAUCUGUCAUCAUGAGAACUGGUAGCACUGGAUAUAAAUUAAGGAAAAAAAUGUUUUACAUAUAUAUAUAU